ACACGGCGUUGGGAGGCUCGGUCCUUGCUCGAAUUCCUAUAGAAGGCGAGCUAUUCUUCGUCGUUCUUAUCGAUACCGAAGGGGUUGAGAAAGCAAGAGAGAGAGAGAACGCGUAGAAGGCAGAGAAGACCUUCAGGUGGUGGGAUUUUCCUGGUUUUAGCUUUAUUGGAAUAUUUUUGCUGAUCGGAGGUUGGCUUCAUACAUAAAUGGGUGAUCAUGUCGUGUUGCAUGUGGAUCGUCUGAUAGAUCCUCAAGAUGUAGAGUCAAAGAAAGAAGGAGAGCGCUUGCCUUCUUCUUCCUUUGUGCCUGGCCCACCGGCUGUGGGUUGCGACAAGGAGAAGGGGAAAGAUGAGAUGGUUGUUGCGGAGGAAGAGGAGCCGCUGAUUCAGAUGGUCGAAUGUCGCAUUUGUCAGGAGGAGGAUCAUAUCAAGAAACUUGAGACCCCCUGCGCUUGUAGCGGCAGCCUCAAGUAUGCUCAUAGGGAUUGUGUGCAACGAUGGUGCAACGAGAAGGGGGAUAUAAUUUGCGAGAUUUGCCAUGAGACAUACAAGCCUGAUUACACGGCACCACUUCGUCCUCCUCCUGAUGAGACGGCAAUUGAUAUAACUGGGGCCUGGACCAUCACUGGUGCUCCAGUAGACUUGAGUGAUCCUCGUAUUCUUGCAAUGGCAACAGCUCAACGCCACUUUCUUGAAGCAGAAUAUGAUGAGUAUGCCGCUACUAAUAGUAGUGGCGCUGCAUUCUGCCGCUCUGCUGCUCUAAUUUUGAUGGCACUUCUUCUUCUGAGGCAUGCAUUAAGCAUCACUACCGAUGGAGAUGAUGAUCCUUCCACCUACUUCUCUCUAUUUUUGCUACGGGCUGCUGGGUUUCUAUUGCCAUGUUAUAUCAUGGCUUGGGCCAUAAGCAUCCUGCAUCAGAGAAGGCAAAGACAGGAAGCAGCGGCAUUAGCGGCAGCUGAAGUUGCAUUUAUUCUGCAAUCAGGAAGAGGAAGGGGCCUGCAGUUUACCAUUGCGCCUGAAUCCCCAGCAACUCCUCAGCAAGAGCCACAUCAUUGAAUCCAAAUUACUGAAUCCAAAACUUCAAACGCUUUCAUUAUUAUCCUGUACAUGUACAAUACAGCUGACCACAGCUGGUAUGAGUUCAAUUCAUCCUCCUCUUCUGUGUUUCGAGGGGAAAAUUAGAGUAUUUAUUUAUUUGUUAUCUUCAUAUACAUUCAUUGUAACGUUUUGCAUCUUGUCCAAGAAGCCUAGAGCUUUAGGUCUGUACAUAAUUAUAACAAAGCUUCAGAAUUGUGGAGAUAAGAAGCUUUCGAACCCCCUUAAAGUUUACCAUGCAGACGAUGCUUUUUAUCUGUUUGCUCUUCUUAUUGUUAAGGAUGUAAAUGAGCCGAGUUUGAACUGUUUGCACUAUCGUUUUAUAUAGUUAUUGCAUAUUUUACCUGA